GAUGGGGUUUCACCCUGUUAGCCAGAAUGGUCUCGAUCUCCUGACCUCGUGAUCCGCCCGCCUCGGCCUCCCAAAGUGCUGGGAUUACAGGUGUGAGCCACGCGCCCGGCCUAAAUUUAUAUUUUGAAUGCACAUAGAAAAAAAACUAAACAGUACGAAAGAGUACAAUGCAUCCUGACAUACCGAGUCACCAAUCUACCCCAAAUUCCUACACCCAUACCUCAAAAAUGCCACAGACAUUUUCCGGUGGAUCUUUGCAAAAAUUUUCUAUCUAGAUCCUAUUGUUUUAUACAAAUAGAACUAUAUGUAUACAGCAUUCUGUGCUUAAUAACCCUUGACAAUCUUUCCAUAUCAGCACAUAGUCUGACUUAAUUAUUUUUAAAGACUGCAGAGAUUGCAGGCGCCAAAAUCCAUCUAACCAUUGGGGCCCAUUUCAUCAUGACUAUCCUUAAUCCACUGUAUUUGUCCUGCAAGGUCCAACCUGGUAUUGCACAGGGCCUCACAGAACGCUGCUGUUUUCUGAUCUUUUCUAGUGAAGCAGCUUUGUUUCUUCACAUAGGAGACCUCCCUGGAAAGUGAAGUCAAGCAGGUGGAUCUAGAGGUUGGCCACCACGGUCAGGAAAGCAGCUGUCUACUGAAAAGCAAACUCUUAAUUCCUUAACAUUAACGAGUACCGGAACCACCACGUGGGAAGUGCAGCCCCCUCUCUCCGCCUCACGGAUUCAGCUCGGAGGUGCAGGGGUUUGGUGGGGGGCGGUUAGGGAAUGACAGCUGCCCCGUGGAGGACGCCCAGGGCUGGGUCACGAACUGACAGGAGUCAGCCUUAUUCUGUAAGUCCUAGUUAUCAGACUGCCGGUUUCCCGCCGUGCCCAGUCCCACUCAGCCUUCAAUCUUCCGGCCGGGACCCCGCUGGGUGCCAAGGGGGGAGCGGCGCCACCGCGAGGCCGGAAAGGAGACUGCGAGGGGCGCCCGGCCGGCCCGCGAACGUGGUGGGAGCCAGGCGGGGCACACGGCCUCCCCUCCCCAAGCGGGACUCUCCCCGCCCCCCCGGGUUCAGCGCUGGGAGUGGUGAGAUGGGUGGCGGGGUAAUCCGACGCCGCCAGCCCACCGCGUCCCCAAGAGCCGGGGCCCCCGGCUCAGCUAAAAGCCCCAGUCACACAAGCGCCCCAUAAACGUCUGCUGAGUGAACGAAAGCUCCCCAUCCACCAAGGGACUGCUCGGCGCUCCCACGCCAUGUCCAGGUCGCAUUCGGCCAGCGGGACUUCCCUUAAAGGGCGGCCGGUGUCCCCAAGAUCGCGCCCCUGCCAGGAGCGGAACUGUUUAUUUCCGUUCAGCUGAAGAGGCGGGGUGGGCAUGGCACAAGUCGAUUGGUUAUGCAAACUGUGGAGCCAAUUCCGGCCUAUGAUCCAGGAGACUACAAGUUCCAGAAUGCAUCCUUCCUCCAGCAUAGGGAGAGGCCGAGGCUGCGGGGGCGUUGCCUGCUGGGAAUUGUAGUCUUUAUCUUGUUUGUUACGCAGGCGGAACUGGGAGGAGGGAGUUAACUAUUAUCACGUGACGUUCGGGUCAGGUGGUUGGGCCAGCCUCCGCACUCGAGCUGUGAUUGGCUGACUCUAAUAAGAAGACGCCACUAGGGGCGGGGCGAAGAGGGGCGCAAGCUCACUGCGUUUUGAGUCUCGAGACCCCUGUCGGAGAGACUAUGGCGCUCAACAAGAAUCACUCGGAGGGCGGCGGAGUGAUCGUCAAUAACACCGAGAGCAUCCUAAUGUCCUAUGAUCAUGUGGAACUCACAUUCAAUGACAUGAAGAACGUGCCAGAAGCCUUCAAAGGGACCAAGAAAGGCACUGUCUACCUUACCCCUUACCGGGUCAUCUUUCUGUCCAAGGGCAAGGAUGCCAUGCAGUCCUUCAUGAUGCCAUUUUAUCUCAUGAAAGACUGUGAGAUCAAGCAGCCCGUAUUUGGUGCAAACUACAUCAAGGGAACAGUGAAGGCGGAAGCGGGAGGUGGCUGGGAAGGUUCUGCUUCCUACAAGUUGACUUUCACGGCAGGGGGCGCCAUUGAGUUCGGACAGCGGAUGCUCCAGGUGGCAUCUCAAGCCUCCAGAGGUGAAGUCCCCAGUGGAGCCUAUGGCUACUCUUACAUGCCCAGCGGGGCCUAUGUCUAUCCCCCGCCAGUCGCCAAUGGAAUGUACCCCUGCCCUCCUGGCUACCCCUAUCCACCGCCCCCGCCUGCAGAGUUCUAUCCAGGACCCCCCAUGAUGGACGGGGCCAUGGGAUACGUGCAGCCCCCACCACCACCCUACCCUGGGCCCAUGGAACCUCCGGUCAGCGGCCCCGAUGUCCCCUCCACUCCUGCAGCCGAAGCCAAGGCCGCAGAAGCAGCUGCCAGCGCCUAUUACAACCCGGGCAAUCCUCACAACGUCUACAUGCCCACGAGCCAGCCGCCGCCACCUCCCUACUACCCACCGGAAGAUAAGAAGACCCAGUAGGCCCUCCUGCCGCCCUGCCUCACCCUCAUCUCUCUACCCUACCCCUCCCAUUGGGGCUGCGCUGGGGCUUGGGGAGGGGAGGGGGCGCCUUGUUCUCCCUCCAGGUCUGAUCAUAAACAAUUACCAGGAGCUAGCAUUGUGGGACAUUAGGGCCCCCGGCCUCGGGAGAGGUGCCGCUCAGCUUCCCAUACCAGCCCAGAGCCCACAACGCUGCCCAGCGUACCUCCCUCACUGUCUGGGGCUCUCCUGGGAGCACGGGGCAUCCCCUGUUCCUGUUUCACUCUCAGCUUCUCCCCUCAAAGGGACUCUCUGGCCACCUCCUCCACCGCAGUCCAGCUCCCUCAGUCUGGCACCCACUGCUACACUCAGCCUCAUGAGCCACUUCAGAACAGCCAGGUGUCUUCCCGGGCCCUGCCAGACCCUGCUCACAUUCCCUCUGCUGGUCUGUGCUGGUCUCAGAAGGCCACCACGCCCGCAUUCCACUCAGCCAGGGUCCAGCUGCAGCCCCCGCCACCCUUCCUUCCCUUCCCUGUCCUGGGUCAUGUUGUUGCCACCCUGUGUGACUUUUGAAGCUGUAAAAUGAGCUUCCAGGGCUUGGGUGGCGUCGGGGACAGGGCUGCCGAGGCUGGGAGGAAGCCCUUCUGCCUUUUGCUGGUGUUUCUGGAAUUUGCUUUCCUCACCUCUCACUCCCCUCUAGAAGGAGCUUCCUGACUGGACCCAGAGAAUGCGUGUCUGUCCACUUGGUGGCUGCUGGGUGGGGCCGGGAACAAGGGCCCCUGCCCCUGUGUGCUGGCCGGGACCUGCCACCAGCCCCCCAGCUUGCUUCUUUCCCUUAAGCUUCGUGCCCCUGGAUGCGCUAACAUUCACUCUUGUUUGUUCCUGGACUGGCCAUGAAGUGAGGAGAUGGUUAUUUAAAGAGAAUUCCCUAUUUAUUUGACAAAAAAUCCAGUUAAUAUAUUAAUGUGAAAUAAACCCUGUUUGCACCUUGA